AAAGGGAGAUGCAAAAUCAGAAAAAGGUGAAAAAGAUGUAGCAAUCAGUAGAUGAAGAAGAUGGCUAGAGAGGAGCAAUCGACAGAUGAGGAUGUUGGAAAAGUUCAGAUCGGGAUCUGGCAAGAAGUGCGGCAGAUGGAAGAUGGAUAGAGUGAGCAAUUGGGAAAGGGAGAUGCAAAAUCAGAAAAAGGUGAAAAAGAUGUAGCAAUCAGUAGAUGAAGAAGAUGGCUAGAGAGGAGCAAUCGACAGACGAGGAUGUUGGAAAAGUUCAGAGCGGGAUCUGGGGAGAAGUGCGGCAGAUGGAAGAUGGGUAUACAACAGCAAUCGGAAGAAUGGCAGGCAAAGGAAAGAAGAAAAUAACUGGAGCGGAUGAAGCAGGAAACAAAGGAGGACCAGGGCGUCCGCCACUGUCUCAAGAAGAAAAGAUGAUAAAGAAAAAGGAGAAAAAUGAAAAGAGCAAAGCAAUUCGGGCAUAUAAGAAGUGUGAAUUCAGUAGGCUUCGACAAGAGGAAAAAGUGUUCAAGGACUUUUGUGAGGAAAAUGGACUGACAGAAGUGUACCAAAACUUUCGUGAAAAGUGCAAGAAAAGAACUGAAGAAAGUUCAAAGGGUACGGAAGAGCAAACAAGAGAGUUCAAUGACGAAUUCGACAAGCUUGCUGCUGAAGUUUUUUCGGAUUUUGGAGCAAACAUACCAUAUGAGGAGGGACUUCAACUACUUAUACAAUAUUAUUCUGAGGACGAGGCAGCAGCUGUUGAGGAGAACCGUGGAAUGUUGGAAGCAAACUUAAAGGCUGGACCCUCAAAUAUUGACUCAAAUUCUGGUGGAGAAGGGCAGUCUAGCACUACUUCGAUAACUGAUGUUGUCGCCAAUUCUAGUAGCGCUGGAGGUCACGGUGGGCCGAAGUUAGGCACCCCAUUUGAGCAAGGACGGGAAUUAAAGAGGAAGAGAGAGGAAGAACUAGAUGAAGCUCGUAGGGGCAAAAGGCCUGCAACUGCUGACAAUUACACUCCACUUCAUCCUCCAAUUGAUGGUUCUCAACCUAGUGGGUUUAUGGCUGAUGCUUGCUGCCAGACUUUCCCUCAGUCGGCUGCUGCAAAUCUUUUCUCUACCUCAGCACUGGCAUCUAAGUGGGAGGAGAGGUUAAGGAAGUUAACUGGUGAGCCUGUGCCGGGGGUUAACAAUGGAGCCCAUGCAAUUAUGGACGAUUUUGUGAAGCUGCUUCUGGGGUCCUCUUUCUUUCAUGCAAUUUAUCUGGCGAAGCAAUAUGAGAAGCUCCAAGUCAAAGAUGCUGAAAGAAGAAAGCAGGAACAAGAAGUUUUAGCAGCUGCUUCUAUUGAUGCGAACCCUAAAUUCAAUGAAAAGAAGAAAGAAGCAGACGACCUGAAAAAACAAGUAGAGGAGCUGCAGGAGGAGGUUAGCAAACUUCAGGCUCAACUGGCAAAGAGGGAUGAGAUUGUUUCCAAGGAUGUAUUUAGGCAGAACCUGGCUGCUGUAUUCCUUGACCGGAAUUUAAUGAAGAAAUCGCUGGAGUCCAUGGAUGCUGGUCCUGAGUUUCUUAACCUGCCUCUCUUGGACACCAUUAAGCACUGUCCUCCUCUUCUUCACCAGCUCAACGGGGGUCUGACUUCAAUAGGUCAGGAACAUACCAAUAUUGAUGACACAUUUUGCAUCCUAUUCGAUGUAUCGGAGGUUGUGCCGGGCCCCUUUGUUUCGAAUCAGUUCAACCAGACUGUCAAUAUGGGAGGUGAGGUCAUCGGCUUUGGCCCUCUAGGAGAUCCUGAUGUUGUCAGCUUAGGUGCCAAUAGUCCUCCACUUCAGACUGCAAGUACCGGAACUAACAAUGUGGACCAGGAGGACAAUAUUGCUAAUCAAGAGAAUAAAGCUGCAGAGGCUGACAACUCAGGAAUGGGCGCUGACAGUGGCAGAGCCAGGGGGGUGCGAGGGGGGGCGGGGGCGCUCGCCCCCCCUGAAAUUUGAAAAUCUUGCAAAUUGGUAUGUAAGAAAUUUUCUAGCCUCCCCUGAACUUUGAAAAUUUUAGUAUUUUGCCCUCCUUGAAAAAAAUUUCUGCCUCCGUCCCUGGGCGCUGAUGCAACCUCUGGAUUGUGGUAUCCUUGAAUUCCUCCCUUUUUACAUCUGAAUAAUGGUUUGGAAUGUCUUCGUACUCCCUUUUUUUUUUUUUUUAACAGUGGGAAUUGCAUUAGUAUAGUUAGUAUCUGUUCUUAAGAGAAUGGAGAAGUAUCAAACCUGAGACUUGAACUACGCAUGUCUCUAGGGGUGCCCCCACUUUGCUUCUCAAGGAGAAGCGUGGCCACGGAGGCCACAUAGUGGUGAGCAAUGUCUUUGUACUUCCUUAAUUGGAACAAUUUCAUUGCCCCUGGCCCCUGCGUCCAUAUAGCCCACAAAACUGGAGUUCGUAUAUGUUUUCCUUCUGUUUAUUCGGUGUAAUCGAAUGUUAGAUUUUUAGUG